AUUCAUGACCCAAUGGACCUACCAUUACAACCCAUUACCUUUUAUCUUCACUUUCAUCUUCACUUUCUUCUUCACAAGCACAAUAAAAUAAAUAAAAUAAAAUAAACCAUCGAAGAAGAAGAAUAAGAAGGAAAAAAAAAAAAAGAGUAUAGAAGAGAUCAAGAUAUGGAGAAUGAGAUGAUGAUUGAUGAAACUUCUCCAAGCUGGAAACUUUAUGAAAACCCUUUUUAUAUUAGCCCUUCUCAUCAUCAUCGUCGUCAUCAUCGUCAAAUUGAUCAUCAUAAAUCCUCUCUUAACAACCAACUUCAGUUUUAUUGCUUGAAAUUUUCUUCUUCUUCUUCUUGUGAUCUGUUUCCUACGAAAAGACGAAUGGAUUCGGAGCUCGAUCUCGCUCGAAGUCAGAUCGUGGAGCUCAAGACUGAGCUUCGAUACGAGCGCAAGGCUCGUAAAAAGCUCGAGUCUUUGGCAAAGAGGCUGGCUAAAGAGCUUGAUGAAGAAAGGAAACAAAGGGAAGCCAUGGAAGGACUGUGUCAAGAGCUUGCAAGAGAGAUUUCUUCUCAUGAAGCUCAGAUAGAUCUGAUGAAGAAGGAGAUUGAAGAUGAGAGGAAGAUGCUCAGGUUGGCUGAGGUUUUACGAGAAGAGAGAGUUCAAAUGAAGCUUGCAGAGGUAAAAAUCGUCUUUGAACAUAUGCUUUCAGAGAUUGAAUCAGGAACAACCAACAACAACAACACCGCCGUAUUUUCCGAGCAUACGGUGGCAGAGAACCCGUCGGCAAGUUCCGACAACAAUAAUACCAUUGGCGAUGGCGACGGAUCUUCACCGAGAGAAUCAACGAGAUCGGACGCCGCCGAGGGAGAGCAGAGAUUAAGCUGCAGCAACAUGGCGGCUCCGAGAAGUGUGUCGCCGGAGCUGGAAAAUAAUAAUCCUCAUAUUGUGAGAGGAAUUAAAGGGUUUGUGGAAUUCCGGCGAGUGUUUAGAACAAAAGGGUCGAAAAAUAGAGAUUCAGAUGCCAAAUUGGAGUGUCAAAAAGCUCAGCUUAGAGUUCUUCUCAAACACAAAGACACUCUCAGAUCCAACAACCUUAUUAUUACCUAAUUUAUUUCAUGUCUUCUCACCUUUUUUUUUCUCUCUCUCUCUCUAUUGAAGUAAUUUGUUGAUUUUUUUUAUAAUUUUUAUUUUUGGGAAAAGUUAUAUGAACUGGUUAAAAUAAGUUUUUUCUUUUACUUUUUUGGGCUUGGGUUUGAAUUCUUGUGGAAGACAUUUUUUUGUAUAGAGAGUUCUUUUUCAUUUCUUUAUUUGAAAGUGAUAGUUGGAUUA